AUGCCAACUCUUUGUCUCCUCGUAGUGACAGAUACAGCCUGACUGAUAUUGUGAAAAAGGAAUCAGGCACGGUCCCCACAAGAAAACCAUUUAGUACGACCACAGAUAGUGUGAAAAGAGAAUCAAGCAUGGCCUCAACAAGAGCUCCAUUCACUGUGACCAAAGAUUUGAUUGACAGGCCUGGUGCUUCCGCAACUCCUGUGAAACCAGCAGAAGAUAUUGUGGAAAAACAGCCAGAUGUGAUGCUGUCUAUGCCACCAUCUACUGUGACCACAGGACUGACUGAUAGCAAGCUUCACUCCUCCACUCCUGUAACUCCUACCAAAAAACCCCCAGGAGUGACUGCUGGUAGACCAAGCUACACUGGUAGCUUUAUCUCUGCUUCCCUGACACCAGUGAGACCAACCUCAGGUCAGACACCUCCAAAGCUUGUCUCUAAUGGUAACUCGUUCCUUGUAACCCCACCAAACUCAACAUCAGCAGAAACAUGGACAUGGAAGUUGAUAGUAGCUGCGGCUUGUUUCGGAGGUGUUGUCUUUCUGGGACUGGCACUUCUCUGUGCCAAAAGAAGAACUGGAAGAUGUUCUAGAAAGAGGACACGAGCCAAUGUCUCCGGUAAUGUGCACCAGGCAACAUCACUGUAUUAUUUAUAUAUAAAAUACACAACAUUUAUAUCGUCUUCUAGUGUGUUAUGGUGUGUUUUACCUUCUGUUGCAGAUGACUUAAUGCGCAUGAAAAAUCUUGACCAUGGAGGAUCGUUACCAGCAGGUAAUGAUGAAGCAUACAGUGUGAUCACCUCAGUGCCUGCUGCUGACUGUCGUGCUGGUUCUCAGAAACGUAACGGACAAGAGUCUCAAAAUGAGGAUUUGGACGUAUACCAUGUGUACGCCACCGUAUCUGAGGAGCCACAUCCAUCAGCCCUGAAGGACAUGGUGUACAGCACUCUGCAGGCACACUGACACAUAAAGCUUUGCUGUAUCUGUUUUUAAACCAUGUGAAAAUUUUAAACUUGUCUUUUAUAGAGUAUCUUAUGAUCUAAUAGGUAGGGAAGUUGAUGGUUAUAUGUGUAGUCUGGUGUUGACCUGUGAAAAGUCUUUCACAGAUACGACAGUGGAAUCUUUCUAGUUAGGCUAAAAGCAACUGGUAUGAAUAAAACAUUUCUCUUUUAUUGGUUAGGGAGGUACUGAGUGUUUGAGGUUACCUCUCUGAGCAUUUUCACUUGCAGAGUGCCUCAAGGCAGUGUCCUAGGCCCCCUUAUGUUUUUGUUUCAUUUUAAUGACAUUAAAACAAACAAAAAAACAACAACAACAACAACAACAACAACAAGACAGACUAGAAGACACAGGAGAAAUUAGUUGAUCAGUUAAAUACAUUGUCAGACAUUAGGCUACUUUUACACUUAGGCACUUACACUCUAUCUUGUUUGGAUUAAUGGGGCUAAGGACAGUCUCUUACUGGGACAUUAAUAUUGGUGUUAGUUUGUGACAUUAGGCCCUUUUACAAACUUUGAAACACAAAAUCCAUGAAGCACAAAAACAACUGGUCAGAGUGGUCCCAGUCAUGUUGGCAGGUGUUAUUCCUGCAGUUUCACUAGCUUCCAGCAGAGGGCUGAGCAUGUCACUGUAUUUAAAUAUUGUUUGUACUGUAGGAUUUUACAUCAAAGUCUCAGCUGCUUAUGAUUGAAUUCUUCAAAUUAUUCUGAUUCCUUUUUAUGUUUUACUUUUAAAGUAACUGAUAUUUACACAUUGAACUAUGUCAUUCAACAAUAAGACAACCUUUUGUUAUGAUGUGAUUUAUUUUUCUGUGGCUUUUCUUUGCUUAUUCUCUGGGGUCAUUUCACUUCACAUGUUACUGCGCUAAACACACGAGCUGUAAGAUAGCAAUCUAUCUAUCUAUCUAUCUAUCUAUCUAUCUAUCUA